CUUAGAGUUUUGGCCUGUGACGCACUAAACUCAGCGCAGUGAAUUCAGAAUUCCAUGGAGAGAGACCGAGGAGGGUGUUAAGAUUGGAGUAUAGUUUUAGUAUAUAACUGCUGAACGGUCGAGGUCGUGCAUAUGUCCAACCCAACUAUAAAUGUGCGAAAACCAUCUGAGGACGGCCAGAUCGGCAGUGCCACCAUGGACACCCGAACUGAGGAGGGGACUCUGUCACCCACAGUGUCCUUCAAAGUCGAGGGCGACGGGGAUACCAGUGGAACGGCUGCCAUGGAAGACCCUGAGGCUGCUCUAGUAAAACGGCGCAAGUCACAGUUCGUGGCGUCUUUGGCCGCCAAUCCCUCGGUCAACAACCGCCUAUCAGAGGUCUCAGCCGAUAAGAGCAACACUCUGUCCACGUCACCAUCAGUGGUGCGCCGAGGGACGGUACAGCUAGCUACUAUGCAAGCGCCGAAUUCUGGUGAAGGGGGCACGACGGUAUCCGAUAACUUGAAGAAGGAAAUUUACAAGAGGAAGCAGUCUAUGGCUACUCUUGCCCCGCAGGACAUUCUGGGUCUGGGAAUGAGUGCUGCCCUAGCCGCUUCGGCCGCCCAGAAAGCCAAGCAGCAUGAGGUAAAGGCGGUCGCACCCACUGAGACAGAAGUGCGUGUCACAAUGCCGGACGAGAGUGUGGAGGUGUUCAAAGUGCCGAGUGACAUUCAGACUGUGGAGUUGUGUGCACAGGCGCGAGAGCGGCACAGUGCCAGUACACCAUCCAAGACUGUGGACGGCAACUUGUUCAUCAUACUCAAGGCACCCACCAAACCCCCCCGCAAACUGUUCGAUGAUGAAUUGCCCUUGCUGGCGCUAAGCAAGAUCUACAAAAUGAUGAACGAGGAACACCCCGGGCUGUACAGUAGAGACACAAUUAUACUUGCACUACAGGCCGAGAAAGCCGAAGUCAUGAUUUCAAUUCACUUAAGCAAGGUCAAUCGCGCGUUGUUCUCAGUGCCUCGUGACAUCACAGCGCUAGAGAUGGUUGAAAAGGCAAGAGUCAAGUACAACCGGCAAAACGAUCUGCCUGACGACAAAGUGAUCCCAUUGGCAAUCGAAGUGUCGGCCCCGGGAAAGAACGACAAGCGACUGGAUCCUAACGAGAUUCUGGUGGAGGUCACCGCAGAGAUUAAACGCAAAAACGCGUACAUCAACCCCGAACGCGUGCGGUUCUCCAUCGUGGAAAAGGGUGACAAUGUAGGGUUGUCUAUGCGAUUGCGAGAGAUGUCCCAAGUGUUCAAUGGUACCGAGGAGGAUAUGGCACUGUAUCAGAAUCUGGUCGCUGCGUGCGUGUGUUGUCCUGAAUUGGCCAUUCAGAAACAGAUUGACGAGUCGUUUCAGAACGAGUACUCGAACCGGAGAUCAACCAUACAUGCCAUCGGUAUCCGCCUCAACUUUGCCGAUAUUGACAUCCUAAAAGAUCUAUGUAUGGACAAGGCCACGGCACUGACGCAUGACAUGGAGGAGAGCGAAAUGGACGAUAUAUCGUAUUUCGAUUACGAGAAUCCCGAGGUGCCCAAACGGUUCCUCUCCCGGUUGCUGACUACCUACAACACAAAUUUUCUGAGCAAAAACGCUGGAAAGUUGGUGAUGUUAGAGGAGACCAAUCGCAAUGAUUUCGUCAAGAUCUAUGAGAAGACCAUCUGGAAGGUCAUGGAUGAGGAGCGACAUGAAGCGGAACAAGCGCAGCACCGCCACACCAUGGACGAAGUGGAUAAAGAGAAUUGGCGAAAGCUCAUCGAGGAUUUGCGUGAGCACCAGAUGUCUCAUUUCAACACGUGGAUGGAUGAAUUCCGUGCCUUGAUGGUUGUGAUGGUGCUGCAAAUCGUAGAAGCGCGCAAGCAAUGGAUUGAUCAGGAUAACCAUCCCUACUACUACCCCGAAUGCCUGACGGAAGAAUCGUAUCAAACCUGGAAGGGGUUGGAAAACGCAGAAAUAGAUCUCAUUGAGCGCCACAUCAAAAGCAAUGGGCUAGACUACAUCAACAUGGUCGCCAGAGAUGAGCUGGUGCAUGAGGCUAUGGUCGUACCUGAUAUUGAACCUCUGGCACCGUUCACAGCCAUACUUCACCUGACAGUCCUCGAGUUGGAGAAUGCCAAGAAGUGCAAGUCGCCGUACGUGCAGAUCAGGAUUCGUAAUACGAAGCUCAGAACUGACACCGUCGAAUACGACAGUGCUGGUAAACGAGCUACGUGGUCAGGCGACGAUGCACUUGAGUUCAUUGCAGACGACGCCGCUGCACCCAUGGAAUUACAGGUGUAUGAGGAGACAGAGGGGGUUGAGUCCUCGUUCCGUAAAUUACUGGGAAAGUUGAGUAUGCCAAUCCAUGAAGUCAUGCGUAUGAACGCCGACGCUUUAGAGACGGACACCCGGUGGUUUGACCUGUUUCCUAUUGGGCGUGUACGUAUGCGUGUGGAAUGUCUCUGCGAGCCUAUGGUAACUGGCCUGUAUAAGAGUGGCAAUACAGAUGUGUACUUCGACGAAUCCUGGCACGCGAGGUAUCUGGUAGCCUCACAGAUAGGUGGGCAAGUGUCGUUCGACUUCUUUGCGCCCGACUCGCAGACGGUCAAGGCAGUCCUGACCAAUAAUGAACGCACCGCGUCUCCUCUAGCAAAGACUGUAUCACCACUUGAAGUGCCGCAAGAGACAGCUUUGUCGGCCGGGGAAACUAAAGCGCCUCUAGUGAAAUCUAAAUCCAAGGACGGCGAAAGCGCGAAGUCAGAAACUUCCGACGAUACAGUCCUGAAACGGGGCAAUUUGCAAGUCCAAAAGCACAACAAAGAGGGCAAGGGUACCAAAAUCGACAAGGACGUGGACUAUAGUGAGGCUGAGCUUUCAGGUUUAGGCGUGGUUCUAAAACUCACCAGCCGACAGCUGAUAGUCAAGUACAGCAAUAAUCAAACGGUGGUCUGUGAUCUCAAAGACUUACAGAUUGUGUCGUCCAAGCGCUUCUGGAAAGACAAUUUUCUCAACCUGCAGACAAAAGACGAUGGCAAACUGAAGCUCAAGACAGACAACAAGGUGGUGAGAGACGAAUGGUACGACGCAAUUCUCAAGGCACAGAACGAUCUCUCAGCCAAUAUAACCGCUCGCACGGGCACCAUACGCCGCAUACUCAACAAAGCCCAGAACAGGGACACUGAGGCUGAUGAGGAGGCUGCUGCGAAUGCGGAAGAGGAGAAGCAGAACAUGAACCGCAAGAAGAGUAUGGCUGCACUGGUGGGCCUAUCCAAUAGUAUUGCCGUGGGCUUUGGUACCGAAGAUCUCGAUGCCAACGCUGCUGAACGCGAACAGCUUGAGGCGCGUCGGACCAAACACCGCCGAGUGCUGUUGAGAGACUUCUACGUGGAGAAGCACAAACCCACAAAGGGUGACAUUCUACCAACUCUGAAGAUCUUUGCCGAGAACGACUGCAUUGUGUUGCGCAGUCCUAGCGAAGCAAUUUGUGAUGAAUGGCUUGAGAUUUUGUCGACCAUGGCUGUAGCCACCAGGGAGUAUCGCCUGUCCCUGUGCACCGAAUCUCAGACUCAGCUGGCUUUGCAGCAGUGGCAGGCGAAAUUAGCCAAUGCGGACGACGGGACCGACACGCGCCGCUUCCUUGAACUCCACGUGGAGAUGCUUGGGGUUCUGCUUAAAAGAAGGCAGGAUCACGGCAAAUGCCCUACACAUAUGAUCGCCGACGCCCACGCCAAAUUGGACUACGACGUAGCGAGCAGCAGAGUCAUGAAUUUCCUGCACGAGGCUUUCCUGUCAAGUACAGGAAUGUGGCUGUUCAUCCGCUUCUCCUCGUACUUUGGCAUCCGCGAGACUCAGCGACGGUUUGUGGUGGUUGAGUUUUUGACUCAGAAAAUGUACGACGAAGCUAUGAGCGAUGCGCUCAGGACUAACCUGUACCAUGACUUGCUCGUCAAGAUGCUUACGAUCAUCGAUGCCGAAUCACAGUCGCAUCUCCACAGCGACCAGAUCGGUGAGAUUUACGACAAAAGCGGUAUGACGGCCACAACCCGAGAGAAAGAACGGUUUGCGGAAACUAUGGCACGCAUUGAAUCACUCAACCGUAGCCACUUGGCGAAGUACAAGGACUGGUUCCCUUACGCUAAGGGUGGUCUCACACAGACACUCCAGAUGCUCAAGCUGGUGGAGUCUGUCCGGUGGAACACGGGUGUGGGACUGGAGGACAUGAGCACGGUUCGUGCCGAACCAUCCAUCGACGCGCGGCUCAAUCGGCGUCUGCGCAAAUUGCUUACGAAAGGCGUGGAGGACCGUGUAGGGCGUCACGAGAGUGUGCAAUUCGCCGAAAACGACGAGAACUUCAUUCACACACCCGGCAUGACUGGCGAGCUGAUCAACUUCGUAUUCGCCGAGUUGCAAGAAGACCAGAGUUUCUUCUCGGUUGUGUUUGACCCGUACAUGGAGUAUAUCCCAUUCAUCACCAAGCAAUAUGUCUACGCCCUCCGCCCUGGAGUCGUUGCCAUUCUCAACAAUCCGGAUGUGCCUGAUUACGAGCAGUUUGAGAUCUAUUUCAAGCUCAAACGCAUCGGAGACACUUAUGACAAGAGGUCCCUCGCGUCUGUCCUCAUUAUGUACCUUGAUCUAGUGGACAGGUGGAUGAAAAAAGUCAGCGCUCAGACAAAGGACUGGACAGAGCGGGCUAUCAAACAAGACCAGUUCACACCCGUACAAGAGGACAGCCUCCACUCGUCGUCGGUGCUGGACAUGUUCUGCUACCUAACAGAUAGUUACGAGUUCAUUGAGAAUCUGGAGUGGCCCGAGCCUCAGACGCGCAUGUCGCUCUACGGAUGGUACGGCAAACUGCUCUGCAACACCAUUGAACUGUACUUCGAUCAGAUGUACAGCGUGUGUGAGAAGAACUUCAUAGGUACGGCCGGCCAAAGCGCGGCGCUGAACAAACGAGUAUGGGACCAGAGAUUCUUUACGAUUGUAAAUGAUCUGGAGAUGGUUAUAGAGCACCACAAGAAGAUGUACAUCGGCAUCCGCCACGACUACGAAACACAUCUGAGUGUGAGCAUGCCUAAGGCAUCCCACUCGGAACUCGUGCACAUUGCAGCCGAAAAGCUCUCUUUCUUUGGCGAGAGCUUCCGCAAUUGCAGCGACGUUCGCGGGAAAAUAUUGGGCAGAAUCCUCAGAACUAUGCAGUCGCAGGUCUGGAAGGGCGUGCUGUGCAUGUUUGAGAUUGAACUUCGCGAGUUCGGCGGACUCAUCACGAGCACAACGGCCGUUGAGAUGAACACGCAGCUGGGAAAAUCUGGCGAUUUGGAUACAGAAGUGGAAAACCUGCUUGCACCUACGAUUAAGUUCUUAGAUGCGCGCCUCUCUAUCCUCGGCACCCACUGCCACCCCAGUGUCUUCCUGUCUGUCCUUAAGACUCUGUGGAGCAUGAUCCUCAAGAACAUCACGACAGCGUGCUGCCCGCGCAACAAGAAGGUGGCCUGGUCACUAAGCACGCAGAUGUCAAUGAGACGCUUCACUAUAAUCACGCACGGAAUCCAAGUGCUCAUGGACUUCUUCUUCGCGGACGGGGACGGGCUGCCAAAAGAGGAACUAAGGAACGAAGCGAUGGUCGAGGCCAACGACACCAUGGCCCGCUGCUGCGCGUCGACGCGGGAGCUGAUCACCACAUUCAACAACUCAGCGACCACCAAAGUGGAGAAGAACGAUAUCGAAUGGGUACUGCACACCCGCACCAAAGACGAUCUCGCGGUGCGCGUGACGCGGCAGUUAGAACGAAAACGGGCACAGGAGCAGGAGGCCAUCCGCCGCAAAGCAUCGGCCGAGAGAGAAGCGAAGCGCCGCUUGGAGCAGGCCAACAGAUCACGUGGGACCUCAGAUAGUAGUCAGUACAAAGUGGGUUCCACCGGUUCUAAAAAUAGCUCGGAGAAUGUCAGCAAGGAGCCGGCGGGAACACUGGCCACCGCCAGUGUACUAGCGAAGCGUGCGAGUGGGAUGGACACGCACCAUAAUCUGGCAUCGCAUAGAAAGGAGCAGCAGCAACGGUCGACACUGGCCACCGGUAUUGCCAGUGGAUUUGCACAGUUUCUGCAAGAGUUCAACGAAGCGAUUCACAGCUCCAGCAGUGACGAUGAAGAAGCAAAGCCACCUCCACGACAGACGCCCAGGCAGACACCCAUGAACUACUACCACAGAUAG